UGCUGGCAAAUGUCACUUUAAAUCAAAUUCGACCCGACCUAAAGCCCUUGCCUUCCCUCCUUCCACCCAAAACCCCUUCCUCCAAAACACUCACCAUUUCCCCUUCCUUGUAAAAUUACAACCCCCCUUCCCCCUUUUAAAACCCCUUAAAAUUCUUGAAACAAUGGGCAUUGCAGGACGAAACCCCUCACAAGUCCAUAGAAUCCCGCAAUCUAAGUACAUUGACGCCGUCCGCUGGCUCCCGCCGGUUUCCGCCUUCGACAGAUUCGCAGCCAUUGCGUAUUUCGACACGGAUUCCAACUCUCCCUCUAUCGAAAUCCACUGUCUGAACUCGAGCGUACAAAACCCAUCUCCAACCUUAAUCCCUCAAUCAUCAUGGACUCCACCUUCCCGCAUUUCAUCCCUCAGGACCGCCCAAUCCACCCCCCAACCCAUCCUCGCUGCCGCUACUUUCUCGGGCUCGCUUCACAUUUUGGUCUCCGAUUUGAUAAAGGGAGCGGUGAUCGAAUCUGAGGCGUCGAUUUCCGACGAGUUUCAUAUAGGGCAUGUGGCGGCCGUGGAUUUGAGGGAGAGUGGGAGUGAGUGCGUGAGUGUUGGGGAAGAUGGGGUUAAUUUGGUGAGUGUCGUUGGGAAUUCUUCGAAGCUGAGUUACCGAAGAAUUUUCGACGCGAAUGGGCUAGUGGGUUAUACAGCGGUUAGGUCGUCCCCGAGUGAGUUUGUGACUGGUGGGUUUGGCUUUGGUUUACAGUGGGAUCAGAGGAGGUCUGGUGGACCUGUUUCACAGUUUAAGGGGAACUGGUGUCAAGGAAAAACAUCUGGAAUUGUACACUCGAUUGAUAUUCAUCCAUCACGGAAGCACACUUGUCUGGCAGGAGGCUCGUCAGGGACUGUAUUUGCUUGGGAUCUUCGUGCACAACAACAGCCUAUUGUUCUUUCUGGUGGAGGGACAGGUCAGACUGUCCUGCCUUUGCUAUCUGAAAGUGAGGUUUGGGAAGUUCAGUAUGACCGCUACACAAGGUCUUCGAACAUUAACAACAUCUCCUCCACACGAAUUCUACCUGUUAUGAUCUGUUCAGAAGAUGGCAUUCUUGCCGUUAUAGAACAAGGUGAAGAACCUGUUGAGCUGUUAGCGGAACCCUGUGCCAUCAAUAGCUUUGACAUUGACCAGCAGAACCCCUCGGAUGUUAUAUGUAGCUUGGAGUGGGAAUCUAUAGCCAUAUUGACAAGGUCGUAAUAUUAAGAAAUAGACACAAAAGACAGGAAAGAGACAAUGUUAGCAUAGAAUUUAUCAAUGCUUUCUGUGAGCUGUAACAUGAGGCGACUGAAUUUCAUCCCGUCAUUCUUCACCUUUGUGGGAGUGGAACAACUAAGGUUUUUGGUUCGCAAAGUUGACAUGCUGUGAAUGUAACACCCAGAAACUGGAAUGGGCUGUUGUUUUCUUUUGGCCUGCACAAUGCAGAUGAUGUACUCUGAAGUUAUUUGUGUUCAAUAUAACCAUGCAACAAGUGAGGGUGAUUUGUCUUAAUAGAUGUGUAAGGAAGAAAGCUCAAUCGCCCAUUUAAUGGGUUGAUGCAGACAAAACCCGAACCAAGGGUAUUGCUCUCAACUAUGUUCUCAAGAUUGAUGUCUAUAAUUAUAAAAAAUCCCAUGCCUUCAAUAA